GGAAAAGACAGGAAGUAGACGUUGGAAAGCUGACACCGGCUGUUUCCCCGUGUGGUGGUGUUUGACAGCACUUUGACAGAUGUUGCUGGUGUUUGAACUGUGAACCCUUUGGACUCCUGUGUUUCUGUGGAUGGGAUGUCGAGGUGUGUGUGCGCACGUGUCCUCUCCCAGGUGCGCAGCUGCAGCACGUUGGUUCUGUCCAGAUCCAUCAGUCAGGCCUCUCAUCAUUGUAGGCCCCUGUCCCACCACCGCUCCAGCCAUUCCUCUUCCAGCAGCACACCCCUCUCUUCCUCCUGGUCCCGCAGGCUCGGGCAGCAGCCAGCGCGCCCUCUCUCCUCCCACACGCACGGCGGCUCGGACGUGAACGAUGACGAGGACGAGGACGACGUCACCUCCUCCCAGCACGACCUGAGCUUCCAGGUGGGCCGCCUGCAGAUGGACAAUGUGCUGCGCGCCAACGAGCAGUCGGUGCGCCUGCCCGAGUUCGACGGCCGCGGCGGCCCAAGCCCCGUGCUCAAGUUCGAGAGCAACCAGCUGGGCGCCAACGUGCCCCUGGAGGACCGCCGCUGCGCCGCCACCUGCCUGCGCACGCGCGGCAUGCUCUUCGGCGUCUUCGACGGCCACGGCGGGCACGCCUGCGCCCAGGCUGUCAGCGAGAGGCUGCCCUACUACGUGGCCACGGCCAUGAUGAGCCAGGCGGCCCUGGAGGACUUGGAGGAGGCCAUGGAGACCGGCCGUCCUACGCCGCCCCUCCUGCAGUGGUACAAACACCGCAACGACUACAACUACCGCGACUCGGCCGAGCUCUACGUGCAACACCUGCGCGUCUUCUGGCAGGAGAUGCUGGCCGGGGAGGAGCACGGCGAGGGCAUGAGCCCGGCGGACGCCAUGGCCUUCGCCUUCCAGCGCCUGGACGCCGACCUCUCGCUGGAGGCCCAGGUGCCACUGGCCAACGAGCUGAUGCGUAGCACCGCCGUCCAGGCCGCCUUCGCCGGCAGCACGGCCUGCCUGGCCCACGUCACCUCCGAGGGCGUGCUCGUGGCCAACGCUGGCGACUGUCGUGCCGUUUUAGGGGUGCAGGAGGAGGACGGCAGCUGGAGUGCGGUGCCCCUGUCACGUGACCACACAGCUCUCAACCCAGACGAGCUGGCGCGCGUGCGCUCGCAGCACCCCGCCUCGGAGCGCGACACGGUGGUGGCCGACGAACGCCUGCUGGGCAUGCUCAUGCCCCUGCGCGCCUUCGGCGACGUGCGCUUCAAGUGGAGCACGGAGCUGCAGCGCAGCGUCCUGGAGAGCGGCGCCUCCUGCUGCGAGCUGGAGGAACUGCACCUCUUCCAGUACUCGCCGCCGCACUACCUCACGCCGCCUUACCUGGACGCGGCGCCCGAGCUGGCCUUCCACCGGCUGCGGCCGCAGGACCGCUUCCUGAUCCUGGCGUCGGACGGGCUGUGGGACGAGCUGGGCAGCGAGGAGGCGGUGCGACUGGUGGGGCAGCACAUGACGGGCGUGCACCUGCAGGAGCCACUGUCGGCCCGCCACCGGCAGCUGAGCCUGGGCCAGAUGCAGCAGCUGCUGCUGAGGAGGCGAGCCCGUGCCGCGCCCGCUGCCCUGCUGGACCCCAACGCAGCCACCCACCUGAUCCGCCACGCGCUGGGCACCAACGACUACGGCGAGCUGGACGGCGAGAAGCUGGCCGCUAUGCUGGCGCUGCCCGACGACCUGGCGCGCAUGUACCGCGACGACAUCACCGUCACCGUGGUCUACUUCAACUCAGACCUGCACAAGCAUCACCAGGACGGCGGACCUGGACCAUCGCGUCAAUAACAACAACCCCCUCGCACACGUUUACACCCACACACAUGCAGUACAUGCACACACAUGCUCACCUGUACAGGUGAUGCCUCUCUUGCCACUGCUGGUGCUGCCUAAUGAUUUGACAUGUCUAACCUGGACAAACGUGUCAAUGGCUCUACAUGAAUCCCAGUAUAUACACACACACACACACACACACACACACACCUGUACACAUUGGGUGACACCUCUCUGACCUCCGCUGUUGCUGCCUGAUAACUUGACAUGUCCAACCUGCACAAAUGCCACGACGUCACCAUGACAUCAUCACACCCAUAAAGCCGCUCACACACGCACACAAGCCAGCACAGUUGUCACGCCAAUAGCCCACUUCACAUGCGCACAGCAGCCUGCACAAACGCACAUGCCGCACACGCACACUCACAGAGACAGUCUAGGGGGCUCCUCCUCUCUGACCUUUGUUAUGUCAGACUGUAAAUGUAUAAGGGUCCUCAACAGCAGCCCCACCCAGUCAGGAAGAUUGUAAACUGUUACUGUACACUGCCACAGCUAGAACAGUGCGCCAAGAGAUAGACACAGGGCUCUAAAUGAACUUCUUUCACCACCUGCCAAAAUGGCUGGUAGAUGUUAAUUUUACCAGCCAAACAUGCACUCACUAAUGGGUCAAAGUAAGUUGGUCUUUUCUACCAGCCAAACUGACAUUUCACCAGCAUUUGGCCGGUGUUCAUUUACAGCCCUGUAUAGACAUAUAAUUUAUCACACACACUUGGAGCCCUGUAUCGUGUCUACUGUACGUAAGUCUAUCUCAAAACAUGAGUAAGUCAUCCCAGAUCUGUGGGUAAGCUUCUUUAUUAUUGUAUUUUGCUGUCACAAACACUGUAGGCCGUGAGCACAGAUGCAGAUUGAGUCGCUUAGUCACUGGGUAUGUUUACACAGGAUAAGAGGUAACUCUGUUAAUACUGUGGCGGGUAUUAGACCUUUAUUACAUGACAUUACAUUACAUUACGCUGUUAUCCAAAGCGACUUACCGUUAGUAUUUUCAGGGUAUUGGUUACAGUCCCUUGAGCAGUGUGGGGUUAGGUGCCUUGCUCAAGGGCACCUCAGCCCGUGGAUGGAGGUAUAGGGAGAGGUCAGGUGGGAUUCGAACCUACAACCCCCAUAUUGAAAGACCAAUUCCCUAACCAAUAGGCCAUGGCUGCCACCUGGUUAAAGGGGUAUGCCACUAUUUUGGGGUUUAAUAUAGUUAAAAUCAUUGGCCAGGGUUUAUAAAGGUGGUAAAGUGUCUUAUUUUUCAUGUAAGCCGUUGUCUUGCUUUAAGAAAAGUUAAAAGAGGGAGCAUGUUGCCAGAGAUUCUUUAAGUAUAGAGAUAUGCCAACAUAAUAGGUUUCCAUGGGCACCUAACAUGACCAGAUUUCAGUCCGCCUAAAGGGGCGUGUCAUAAUGCUCCUAGCAUUGAAUAGAACAGUCCUCAGGUCUGCCUAGGUCUGCCUAAAGGGGGAUUUCCCCCCAAUAAUAGAACCCGGAAACAAUGGGCCAAUGGAACACCUCUCUCUGAUGUCGCUAAGCUAGUGAAAGUUAAAGGUGGGGUUGCAGGUUAACCAUUUUAAGAAAAUGUACUACUGUAUUAUGACAUCACGUUGGGGGUUCCGUAGGCUCAUAGGAGUCUAUGUAGAACCUUAUGGCUCAUUCAAAAAGUCGAGAAUCCCAAGAAAGCCGACCUAAAACCUCGGGAAAGUGGGCGUGAAGAUUUGGUGACGCAAUGUCAGAUCGAUAAUUAUCGAGGUUGAUCUCUGGCGGAAGUAUAGAACAACGAGUUCCCGAACUUAUGUUUUGUAUGACGACACACGGAUCAUCAGCAUGGCGCCCAUGCAUGGAACUAGCAUGUAAACAGUAUCAUAAAUGCUAAAAUAUCAUCUUGUAAUCACUAUCAACAACACCAGUUGAUGUCAUCCAAUUGCAGAUGUACAUAUGUCAGUAAUGCUGGUCUCUGACUGUUUGAUUUAGCCUACUUAAGCUAAAAUGAUAUGUCGUGGGUGUGGAGGCUCAAGUGGAGAUGAAAAAAAGAAAAGAGAACCAAAACAAAACACGCUUGAUUCCCGAUUGUUCCGGGAUCAGUGGCGUUCAUGCGCCAAAGUCCAGAAUUCGGUUGUCACAUAAGCAGUGUCGUCAGCUGUCUCGAGAGGUCCCUAGAUCGUGAAGGCACCAUUAGAAUCCUGGGGGAGUUCCCCCAACGUGAUGUCAUACCUGCAACCCCACCUUUAAUGGAUCCGUGUAGCAUGCUACAUGCUACAGUGAUCCAUUGACUUUCACUAGCUUAGCUACAUACUCCCUCUUUUAAGUAAGGGUUAACGUUCGGCGAGAAGGUCGCUACCGUGGAAUAGCAGCACGACAAAGAGAAUCUUUAGACCCCGACGCGGAGCGGAGGGGUCUUGUUCUCUCUGAAGUGCUGCUAUUCCACAAAGCGACCGACUCGCCGAAAGUUAACCCGCUUAUUAUAUGGAUAUUCUUAAAUGAUUCACACAUGGCGGGGACAUUUCUUUAGGCCUAUGUAAUGUUAAGAUUGUUGCUGCGCAAAACAAAACAGUGCCGUUGUGGAACACCGCUAGGCAACAGCUAGGUAGCCAGGACAACAGGUGUUGUCUAUCACAGCAGCUGAUUAGAGUCUUGUUGAAAAGUCGCUUUAGCAGUGAAAAGUCUUGUUGCCAUUGACAGCGGUCUGUUAUAGACGAACCCGUC